UACAUAGAGAGUAUGUUCAGACGCAGAAGUGGAUUCGGCGCUCUCAAGCGUUACCUCCUGGAUUUGGUGUUGCCGCUCUACGAGUCCGUUGGGUUCGACAACAACAUCGAGGACUCUUUCUUGGAGCAAAAAAAGAGGAAAAUAGCCGUGAAAUGGGCUUGCAGACUGGGCCACAAGGACUGCCUCAACAAAGCGCUCACUCUCUACAGGCACUGGAUGUCACAGCCGGACAAUUCGAGCAUCAUUUCGCCAAACCUUAAACCUGUGGUGUAUUGUCGCGCCAUCGCCGAGGGCGGGGAGGCCGAGUGGGACUUCGCGUGGGACCAGUACGUUACUUCCAGCGUCGCUACCGAGAAAAAGCUUCUUCUCAGAUCUAUGUCCUGCUCGAAGCAGACUUGGAUCCUAUCUAGAUACCUCGAGAUGGCUAUGAACAGGAGCAGUGGCAUAAGACUGCAAGAUGUUAUUUAUGUGUUAAGAAGUUUGAGUAACAAUGACGUGGGACGCUCCAUGCUGUGGGACUACCUCACACAUAACUGGAACAAUAUUUAUACAUACAAGAAGAGUCGGAGAGGUGACGUCAUGAAAAGGCUAACACAAGCAUUUAAUACGAAACAGGAACUGAAAAGGGUCCAGUCGUUUUUGAGGAGGAGGACGGUGACCUUGGAGGGGAACCAGAGGAGCGUCCAGCAGGCAGAAGAGAAGGUCAAGAACAACGUCGCCUGGAUGGACACAAAGUAUGACGUCAUAGUCCAGUGGCUGGAGGAGAACGGCUACUCCUCGAAACUACGGGUCGUUUAAUUCCAUAUAUAUACAUACACACACACACACACACACACACACACACACACACACA